AUGAGUACGCUUUUGACCCAACGCCAGGCCGAUGAGCUGCACAAGGCAAUCAUAGCAUACCUCGCCGCCUCCGGCCACCCAAGCAGCGCCCAGGCCCUGACCGACGAGCUGGGCAUCGGCGAGUCCUUCGACGAUGCCACCCGCAAGAAAUAUGAGGGGUUGCUGGAAAAGAAGUGGACCAGCGUUGUCCGCCUGCAGAAAAAGAUCAUGGACCUAGAGUCGCGGAAUGCCAGCCUGCAGUCCGAACUCGACAAUGCCACCCCGACCUCGCUCAUGCGCAAGAACACCGACCCUGCGAGCUGGCUUCCCAGGUCUCCCGCACGCCACACGCUCCAGUCUCACCGCUCCCCCAUCACUUGCGUUGCCUUUCACCCAGUCUUCACCUCGCUGGCCUCGGGCUCCGAGGACACCACAAUCAAGAUCUGGGAUUGGGAGCUCGGAGAGCUGGAGCGCACCGUCAAGGGCCACACCAAGGGCGUCUUGGACGUCGAUUUUGGAGGCCCCCGCGGCGGCACCUUGCUCGCUUCGUGUUCCUCCGACUUGACCAUAAAGCUCUGGGACCCGAGUGAUGAGUACAAGAACAUCAGAACCCUCCCUGGCCACGACCACUCCGUCUCCUCCGUCCGCUUUGUUCCCAGUGGAGCUGCCGGCUCUCCCUCCUCCGGCAACCUGCUGGUGUCCGCAUCACGAGACAAGACGCUCAGGAUUUGGGACGUUACCACCGGAUUCUGCGUCAAAACGAUUCGAGGGCAUGCCGAUUGGGUUCGCGAUGUCGCCCCGAGCUUUGAUGGACGGUGGCUCCUCUCUGCCAGUAAUGACCAGACGGCCCGUCUCUGGGAUGCCACCAACGGUGAGCCGAAGUUCACCUUCGUCGGCCAUGACCACGUUGUCGAGUGCGUGGCACUUGCACCGCCUGCUGCUUACGGGCACCUCUCUGUCCUUGCCGGCCUCAAGAAGCCACCAGCGGCGAGCAGCUCUGCUGAGUUCCUGGCGACCGGCUCCCGUGACAAGACCAUCAAGCUCUGGGAUGGCCGGGGUACACUGAUCAAGACACUGGCCGGCCAUGACAACUGGGUCCGCGCUCUGGUCUUCCAUCCUGGCGGCAAAUACCUCCUCAGCUGUGGUGACGACAAGACAAUCCGAUGCUGGGAUCUUGCACAAGAGGGCAAAUGCGUCAAGACCAUUGAGGAUGCACAUGGCCACUUCGUCAGCUGCAUGCGCUGGGCCCCUAGCGUCCAGAAGGAGCCGCAGACCAACGGCGAAACAAACGGCGCGCCAGCACCGCCGAAUGGAGCCAAGAAAGAAGACCCGAAUGCAAAGAACAUCAGAUGUGUUAUUGCAACGGGCAGCGUUGAUCUGAACGUCAGGGUCUUCGCGUCCUAG